CACAGGGCGUAAUGACACGCACAUCACCGUGCUUCCUUGCAUUCCAGUUAAAUAGACCUACGACAAACAGGUUCGGUCACAUCACACACUAAGUUGUCUUGUAGACACUUGACAACACCUGAAGACACCUGUAACCGAUCCGGCAGGUUUCUAUCUCAACCAUAACAAAAAUACCCAGGCAUGGCCUCGGUGUCAUCCAGCUCCCGCCUCAGCAAGGCUGUGCGCCAGCAGUACAUGAGCCUUCCUCAGGGAGAGAAGUGCCAGGUCACCUACAUCUGGAUCGACGGCACCGGAGAGGGACUUCGCAACAAGACCCGAACCCUGGACUGUGAGCCAAAAAGCAUAGAUGAUAUUCCUGAGUGGAACUUUGAUGGUUCGAGCACAUACCAGGCCGAAGGCUCCAACAGUGACAUGUACCUCAUCCCAGUGUGCAUGUUCAGGGAUCCAUUCACCUUGGACCCCAACAAACUGGUCCUCUGUGAGGUCCUCAAAUACAACCGAUUCCCUACAGAAACAAACCAUCGAGCAAACUGCAACAAAGUGAUGGAGGAGGUGAAAGAGCACUGUAUAUGGUUUGGCAUGGAGCAGGAGUACACGCUCUUAGGAAUAGAUGGACAUCCUUUUAGUUGGCCCUCAAAUGGAUUCCCAGGACCCCAAGGACCUUACUACUGUGGGGUGGGGGCAAACAAUGCUUAUGGACGGGACAUUGUAGAGUGCCACUACAAAGCCUGUCUCUAUGCAGGGGUCAAAAUCUACGGCACCAACGCUGAAGUUAUGCCAUUUCAGUGGGAGUUCCAGGUGGGUCCCUGUGAAGGCAUUGAGAUGGGCGACCAUCUGUGGGUUGCACGCUUCCUGCUGCAUCGUGUGUGUGAAGAUUUUGGGGUUGUUGCAACACUGGACCCCAAACCAAUGACGGGCAACUGGAACGGUGCUGGCUGCCACACAAAUGUCAGCACCAAACAGAUGAGAGAAGAAGGAGGACUGCAGUACAUCGAACAGGCCAUCGAGAAGCUGAGCAAAAGACACGCACAGCACAUCCGAUUUUAUGACCCACGUGGAGGCCAGGACAACAUCAGGCGUCUCACAGGUCUCUAUGAAACCUCGAACAUCAACGACUUCUCGGCCGGAGUGGCCAACCGAGGCGCCAGCAUCCGCAUCCCCCGCCAGGUGGGCCAAGAGAAGAAAGGCUACUUCGAGGACCGCCGCCCUGCAGCAAACUGCGACCCGUACUCUGUGACAGGGAUCAUCGCAAAGACCUGCUUGCUUGAUUUAGAAGAGGAAGAGGAGAGCCAGUAGGAGAAAGGCAGCCCAGCUGCUAUGAGUUUACCUGAGUUGAACGCUCUGAAAAAGGCGUCCAUGCCAGAUGUAGGAAUGCAGAUUUAAUUUAAUAAUCAAGUUUAUUGUUAGUACUGCGACUGUAACGAGAUAUUUAUAGAAUAUGUUAUACAGCAACUUUGGAAGAGGUGCCUGAAGUGACUGUUACAAAGCUGUUACUGCUUACUUAUUUCUGAGCCUACAUAUGAAUAAUUGUUUCUUAAAACCUGUUACAUGUACACUUCCUGCCAUGUGUUUGGGUGAAGUGCAAUAGUCUUAAGAUAUAACAGUGCUGUUUGUCUUGCUUGUUUAUUUGCAGAAUAUUAAAAAUCUUUCUUUAUGAGCAAA